UCGUGACCACUGAGACAUAUUGUCACAACUGCUCGUCGAGAGGAACAUGUGUUUUUUUCAAGAGAAGAGACGAGUCUGAACGGAACAGGCAAGAACAGAGGACAAUGUAGGAUCUACGCAUCGGAUUUGAGUCAUGCAGGGCUCGGAGGCAGUGGAGGACUGUGUGCAGGGGGCUCUCUCAUCCCUCUAUCCUCCGUUUGAGAGCACCGCCCCUCCUCUCCUCUCUCAGGUAUUUUCUGUACUGGAGUCAACCUACCAGCAUGACAGUUUGAGGUAUCUGCUGGAUUACUUUAUCCCUGCCAAGAAUCUCCUUCACAGACUACAGCAGCACGCUUGUUCACAGUACCUGGGCUGCUUGUUCCUGCACUCUGGCUGGCCGCUGUGUUUAGGGGAAAAGGUGGUUGUUCAGCUCUCUACUCUAGACUGGAGGCUGCUGCACAGUACUGACUUUUACCUGCAGGUGGUGCCCUUCUCUACACGCUGUCCCCGACUGGCCCUCAAAUGUUUGGCCCCCGGGGGCCGAAACGUGCAAGAAGUCUUGGUGCCGGAGUCACAGCACCCCCUGGUGUUCACUGCUGAGUGGCUACACUGCAUUAACAAAGAGCGUGGUUGCAAGAGAGAAGGUGCAGGAGGGUUGGACACGUGUCUGGUUAGCACAUGUGACGGGGUGGUCCGGUUGCCGUGGGCAGAGGUGGUCUACCCCAAAUUCAUCCAUAAUCCCACAGACGACCUUGGACCGCUAGGAACCCCUGCUUCAGACCUCCCUGGUGACCUUUCCCCCACAGGUGGGGGUCUGGGCUGGGGCUCAUCCUCCGGAGAGCUGGACUCCUGGUCUUGGGAUGAGGAGGAUGACCUUCCUCCCGACGGCGACGAGGUGGAAUCGGGCCUCCCGCAUCAGAGGAGGAGGAGCAGCGAGGAGCGCCUCUCAACCGAAGGCGCAGGGGACUACGUUGAGCUCCUGGAACCUCGCGGAGGUCCCGAUGGAGGCACAGACACCAAACAGCGUUACCUGGAGAUGCACGGCAUCUGCAAGACCAAGACCCUUCCGCUGUGCCGGAGGAGUAAGGCCAUCCGGAUACGCCGCGGGAAGGCAUGGGGCGUCGGCCGCUCUGACGGAGGGAGCAGGGUGGGCUUCUUAGUCCGGAGAGACAGCAACCACAUGGGAAGGGAACCUGGAGCUCCAGCGCGAAGAGACUGGGGGAACUCUCGGCCUCCUCCCAGGGUUAUCGAUCUGGGAAGGGAGAGACGGUCGUACCCUUCUUCCCUCCAGGACUCUGAUGAAGGGAACAGGGCAAGCCUGGAUACCCAGGGACUCUAUUUGGAAGGUCCAGCCAAGGAGCGGAGACCUGGGGUGGGUAAGGAGAGGGAUGGGGCUGGCUGCACACUUCCUUGGGAAGAAAGUCAGAGAGGGAAAGGUUCUGAAAGUAGGCAGAGUUCUGGUGGAAAGGAAGCUGAUGACUUGGCCCAUCACAAAGGGGAACACGCAGAAGGCCAAUCAGAUCAGGGAUCUCAUCAAGACAAGGUUUUCAGUGAUGCUGAUAGGUUGUUGGCUGAUUCUUCAAGUAGUUCUGAUCAUGCUGCAACGCCAAUGGAUAAUACAGCCAAUGCUAAGAUCCCACUGGCUGAUAUUUCUGGUAGUGAGGACAAUGCCGCAAGCCAAUUGGCCGUAGGAUCUGAAACGAGGAGUAAAUCUUUGACAGACUCUAGCGUUAAAAAAAAUGAGUCAAACUCAUGUGUUAAUGGUCAUAACGGAGCUGAAGCUUAUACAGAGGACUCUAAAGAGUACAGAAAACCGGAGAAAACCCUCCCAAAAUCAGGUACGGAAAAUCCUGUGGAAGAAAGGCAUGCUGGGAAGCAGGAGGAACGUGUGUGUCCCAGAGGAAAAGAGGUGAAAACCGGAGGAUUCAGAGCCCCUAGGAGGAAGAGAAAGGUUAAAGGAGGCAAAGGAAAGGGCAAAUCUGGUGGCCGCCUGACCCAGAGAGUGAAAGGUGACCACCCCACCUCAAAAUCCCCAAGCAAAACAUCCCAGUCUGGCACCACUUCAUCCGCCACCCUCCAACUGCCAGUCAUCCAAGACAACCAGUUGGAGCCAAAACAGCAAGUCUCAGGGGCUAAUAAAGAAUGUGCUGUAGCCAAUGACAGAGAGGCGAAGGAUAAGCCAAAGAAAUUAAGUGGAGAAAAAGAACUUCAAUCUGACAUUCCUGCCGAAACUGAGUGCCAAAGAAGCAUGUCCAUACCAGAAAAACUGCCAGAAGAGGCGUUGCCAGUAGCAACUACCGGCCAAUCAGAUGGACAAACUGCCGAAACUCCGCCCUUACUAAGAGAUUUAGAUCAGGAACUCCUCCAAUCAGGAAAACUGAUGCUGACAGGUACCGUGGACAGACUAGGGCGUGGGCUGGUUGUCACAGAAGCCCAUGUCUCAGAGGAGGGUUACCGUGUCGACGAAAUGGCUCGCGUGUUGUCCUGCUACUACAGAAUCACACGACCAGCUGCCAGAGAGAAAGGACUGACUGUAAUAGUGGACAGCAGACAGACUCCGCCCUCUGAGCUCUGUCUCUCUGCCCUAAGACUCUUCAAGACUCAGUGUCCCGUUGGUCUUGGCUCUGUACUCAUCCUGACUGAGGAGCAGCAGGAGUUGUCUCAGCCCAGCCUGGAUGGCAUCGAGGUGCACACGGUUCGAGGUACGGGGGUCCUGCAGCAGUUUGUGGAUAGGCAGCAGUUAACCCCGGAGAUGGGCGGAGACUUCGAUCACUCUCAUUCUGAUUGGCUGGUAUUCAGGCUGAGUUUGGAACAAUUGACUGAGCGAUGCGAGAGCGCCCUCUCUCUGAUAGGACAUGCACUGCAGUCUAUGGAGACAGAACCACUACCUGACUGUAUUAAGAAUGUCACCCUCAGCGUUGACAAACACAGACAACUGAUGACGAGCGUCUUGGCUGAUCAACGGCUGACAGAGCUCCAGCAGAGAGGCGGGGCUUGGCUGGCAGGGCUGACCAAUGGCGCAUCCAGAUUAGCUCACAAGUCACCAGACUGCAGGGCUGCCUUGGCAUCGACCUCUAACCUCUAUGACAGCGUUGACGACGCUCUUCAUAGUCUGGUCCGCGUGUCUAACCAAAGAGGCCGUGACCUGGACGCACUGGGCAGACUGGCCUCACUGGUCGAUAAGCUGGAUAAGUGUGAGAGGGAGAUUGAGCACGUUCAGGAGCAGUUGGAGGACUACAAGGAUCCUCCUCUCUCUCUCAGCCGGCUCUCCCUCAAACAGCAGAAAUUCAAGAGCUUCAGAGAGUCAGCUAUGGAGCUGCACAGUGAAACUCUGUCUGUACUGGGAGAGAUAGAGAGUUGGGCUGAGUUGGAAUGGGCCGGACUGGCAGCAGUGCUAAAGAGAUUACCCCCGGUUAGAGAAAAAGUCAGAGACAUGUCCCACUGUCUCUCUGACUGCUGGACACAACUGGACAACACACAGAGACUGCUCUCCACACUCACAGAGGCCUCACAGUGGUGUGACGUUGUGUCCUCCUCCUCUCCCUCGUCCCCGUCCUCCCCUCUCUCCUCCCUUCCCCCAAUCCCCCCGUCACGGUUCCAAGACGCGCGGGCCCUGGCCCUGGAACUGGGGGGCGGAGCUUUGCUGGAUCUCUGGUCCCAAACCCUGGAGCGCUACCAGCGCACGCUGGCCCAGUUCAAGAGCCGCAUCCUCCAGGCGGAACGAGGGAGCGGCGGCGCCCAGAACCAGGAGGCCGGCGCGGGACCGCAGAGAGCCGCGAGGGGCUCCUCCUCCACAAGCUCCUGGGAACUUGAGGGAGGAGAUGACGGAGAAUGGGGAGCGGUCGUGGAAGGAGCGCUCCAGUCGUGGGGGUCACUGGCUUCGCUCUUCCGCCCGCAGAACUGCUCCACGCUGAAAAUCGGAGAGGAGAAGAAGAAAGAGGGAGGAGGACCUGGAGGAGGAGGAAAGUUCUUACAAAAUCUGCUGAACCCAGCCAAGAAGAGUCCUGCAGAAGUUCCCCAGCCUUCCAAACCCGUGCGUAAGCGGAACCCCAGCUUUGACCUGCAGGCCCUGCUGGCGCCUCGCCGCUCCCCUGCCACGCCCCGCCCGGUGGAGGCUCCCGUGGGCGUGUCCAGCCGCACCUCCCCCCUGUCCUGGCUGGGCCGUAAAACGGACCCGGUCCUGACCGCCAGCGUGGUCCCCGCCGUGCCCGGGUGGAGAGAGGCGGGCGGCGGGGUUCUGAUCCGAGGGGUGGAGGUCAGCAGCAAAGAGGUGGUGGAUCACACCGGGUUGUCACGGCAACACGUGCUCCUGAGCCGUGCCGAGAGGGAGAUGGGUGGGGACCGGCCAGGCACCACUGCCCAGAGUAAGUUGUAUUUGCAGUGGUGUCGCUUGGUGAGUUCAGAGAGACAGUAUGUAGCUGUUUUGAAAGGAGUGGAGGAGAGCUACAUGCCCCUUCUGGAGAGUCCCGAUGCCCCGUCUGCCCUGCGAGGGAAAACCGAGGCUAUCUUCAGCAACUGGAGCUCACUAAGCAACUUCCACUCGCAGUUCCUCCUCCCGGCCAUGGAGGGCGCUCUUUCACAGACCCUCCAGCAGCAAGACUGCUUCAGCAAAUACAAAGACCAGUUUCUGCAGUACUCCCACUACAUUCGUACGCGACCUGAACUGGACUCUCUACUGGUCAGCCAAGCAUCAGACUUUUUUAAGCUGAAGUUCCCUGCCUUCCCUCCGCUCUCUGCUCUGUCGUUCCCACACUGUCUGUCAGCUCCGCCUCAGAGGCUGGAGCAAUACCGUGAGGCUCUGGAGGAAAUGAGCGGUCUUAACUUCGCCUCUGACUCCGCCCUCUCCAUUCUCAGACACGCCCAGCGCCACGGCGAAGACCUGAGAGCCAGCGACCUCAUUGUAGGGUGUCCGGUUCCGGUGGCUGAGAGAGGAGAUCUGGUGCGUCAGGGGGAGCUGCUGGUCUGUGGAGGCGGCAGGAGGAGAAAAACGGGAAUGAGGACAGUCUUCCUCUACCAGCAUCACGUCAUCUUCACCAAAGUCAAAACGCCCAGCCCUGGACGCACAGUCUACAGCUUUAAACACAGCAUAAAGACAGGUGAAAUGGGCCUGACUCAGAGUGUAGGAGAGGAAGGUCUGCGUUUUGAAGUUUGGGUUCGUCAGGCGUCUCGGACUCGGGAUUGUCUUACCCUUCAGGCACAGAGCGGAGAAGAGAAAGCCAUCUGGACCCACGACAUUGCACAGCUGCUCUGGACGCACGCUAUCAACAACACAGAGCUGUGUUUGAAGGAGUCUUUAUGUAUGGGCGUCUCCAGUAAACUACUCCUGGAUGUCACAGGUGCCCAAACAUCAGAACUGGAUUCCAGCUUCAGUCUGAAUGACAGAGUUCAGAGCAGUUGUUCUGACUCGUCCUCUGUGGGGAGCCAGAAAGAGGGGGGCUCUCCAUCGUCUGGUAGAGACUCCAGUAGAAGUGCUGUACAUACUGGCCACACACAGAGUUCAUCUCCCUCCACUGCCGUGUGA